AUGGCGGCGGCGCAGGAGGCGGACGGGGCUGGCAGUGCCGUAGUGGCGGCCGGGGGAGGCAGCUCCGGUCAGGUGACCAGCAAUGGCAGCGUUGGGAGGGACCCGCCUCCAGAGACCCAGCCCCAGAACCCACCGCCCCAGCCAGCCCCCAACGCCUGGCAGGUCAUCAAGGGUGUGCUGUUCAGGAUCUUCAUCAUCUGGGCCAUCAGCAGCUGGUUCCGCCGAGGGCCGGCCCCUCAGGACCAGGCAGGCCCCGGAGGAGCCCCUCGCGUCGCCAGCCGCAACCUGUUCCCCAAAGACACUUUAAUGAACCUGCACGUGUACAUCUCCGAGCACGAGCACUUUACAGACUUCAACGCCACGUCGGCGCUCUUCUGGGAGCAGCAAGACCUCGUGUACGGCGACUGGACUAGUGGCGAGAACUCAGAUGGCUGCUAUGAGCACUUUGCUGAGCUCGACAUUCCACAGAGUGUCCAGCAGAAUGGCUCCAUCUACAUCCACGUCUACUUCACCAAGAGUGGCUUCCACCCAGACCCUCGGCAAAAGGCGCUGUACCGCCGGCUCGCCACAGUCCACAUGUCUCGGAUGAUCAACAAAUACAAGCGCCGACGGUUUCAGAAAACCAAGAACCUGUUGACAGGAGAGACAGAAGCUGACCCAGAAAUGAUCAAGAGGGCCGAGGACUACGGGCCUGUGGAGGUGAUCUCCCACUGGCACCCCAACAUCACCAUCAACAUCGUGGAUGAUCACACGCCAUGGGUGAAGGGCAGUGUGCCGCCUCCCCUGGACCAGUAUGUGAAGUUCGACGCCGUGAGCGGUGACUACUACCCCAUCAUCUACUUCAACGACUACUGGAACCUGCAGAAGGACUACUACCCCAUCAACGAGAGCCUGGCCAGCCUGCCGCUUCGUGUCUCCUUCUGCCCGCUGUCGCUCUGGCGCUGGCAGCUCUACGCCGCCCAGAGCGCCAAGUCGCCAUGGAACUUCCUGGGUGACGAGCUGUAUGAGCAGUCAGACGAGGAGCAGGACUCGGUGAAGGUUGCCCUCCUGGAGACCAACCCCUACCUGCUGGCGCUCACCAUCAUUGUGUCCAUCGUCCACAGUGUCUUUGAGUUCCUGGCCUUCAAGAAUGAUAUCCAGUUCUGGAAUAGCCGGCAGUCCCUGGAGGGCCUGUCCGUGCGCUCUGUCUUCUUCGGCGUCUUCCAGUCCUUCGUGGUCCUGCUCUACAUCCUGGACAAUGAGACCAACUUCGUGGUCCAGGUCAGCGUCUUCAUUGGGGUCCUCAUCGACCUCUGGAAGAUCACCAAGGUCAUGGAUGUCCGGCUGGACCGGGAGCACAAGGUGGCAGGACUCUUUCCCCGCCCGACCUUCAAGGACAAGUCCACAUACGUUGAGUCCUCAACCAAAGUGUAUGAUGAUAUGGCGUUCCGGUACCUGUCCUGGAUCCUCUUCCCGCUGCUGGGCUGCUACGCCGUCUACAGCCUCCUAUACCUGGAGCACAAGGGCUGGUACUCCUGGGUGCUCAGCAUGCUCUACGGCUUCCUGCUGACCUUCGGCUUCAUCACCAUGACACCCCAGCUCUUCAUCAACUACAAGCUCAAGUCUGUGGCCCACCUGCCCUGGCGCAUGCUCACCUACAAGGCCCUCAACACCUUCAUCGAUGACCUGUUUGCCUUUGUCAUCAAGAUGCCUGUCAUGUACCGGAUUGGCUGCCUGCGGGACGAUGUGGUCUUCUUCAUCUACCUCUACCAACGGUGGAUCUACCGCGUCGACCCCACGCGGGUGAACGAGUUUGGCAUGAGCGGCGAGGCCCCAACAGCAGCUGCCCCUGUGGCCGAGGCCCUGCCAGCAGCAGGGGCCCUCUCACCUGCCCCCAGCCCUGCCACGACCACUGAGGCCGCCGGGGAGGAGGCCUCUGCACCCCCGCCCUCCCAGGCCCCCCAGGGGCCCAGCUCUGCCAGCGAGCCCCAGGAAGCCCCUCCAAAGCCAGCAGAGGACAAAAAAAGGGAUUAG